UUCAGCCAUGAAAGUCCUGGUGGUCAUGUUCGUUGUCCUGGCCGUUGCGGCUGCCGGCGACGACUCGCACACCGCUGGCGAGCCGAAGGACCUGGUACGGCCGGACGCGCUCCAAUACUGGAUGAAUUUGUUGGCCCCCUUCGCCAAGUAUGCUGGUGGUUUCUUGGGAAAUAUCCCUGGCUACGCCCCGGGCGGUGACGACCAUCAAGCCUACCGUCAAAACGCCAAUUACGGCACCAGCUUUCUCUUCACUCCUGUUGUCGGCUCGUUUAGCUAUCUGGACUUCCGUGGUGUGAACCAGACGGUCGAUUUCUCUGUGGACGAAUCUGGCUUCCGCAUAUUUGGCACCAACCUGGGUGUGGAUCCUCCCAAGGAGGUGACCACAAGCGAUGACGGCUACCGCAAGUAGCGCGGCGCUCUCUGAGCAAGCCCGCCUGUAAGACGAGGCCGCUCUUGGUAAUGGCAUAGUACCUGCCCUGCCAAGUACCUCCCCCUCGGCGUCCACUGCUUCCGGCGCUCCCGUCACGUUCCAGGGCACG